AUGGCCCAGUCGCGCCCUCAAUGGCGCUCGUGCAUCCAAGCUAUUGCCUUCAGUGCACAGCGACCUUCUCAGUCCUCCCACUUAAAAGUGGGGGGGGCGUCAGCUCCCGCCUCCAAUGCGCAGCUACCUAACCCCAAAUCAUCGGUGAACGAAACUGGCAGCUACGACCACUGUACGACAAGUACGCCGUUCUUAAAGCUUACAAUGAUAAUGAUGACUCAGCGACGGACCGAUAUCGGCCAGCACGCCAGCCGACCCAACCACGAUAUUCAGACCGGGGUUUCUACCACCGACUUCCAGAUAUUCAACGCCAAAUCUACUUACUGCAUACAGCAGGGCGGCUUGUGGAGAAAACUGAGUCGAACGAGCAAGCAGCUGGUCAUGCUACAGCUCAUUCUCAUGGUUAAAGAGAAUCGGAAGUUCGUUACUGAUGCGUUCGCCAAACUGGGCAUGGAUAAUCAACCGGAGUUGGCUUGUGUCCGAAUGAUUACUUGUCGCUGGUUGAUACAUGAUACAACCAACCAGGCAAUAUUUCCACAUCAAGGUUUCCCUCGAAUCAAAUUCUACUAUUCUGGACUGGCGGACUUCGGGCCAGUUGUGUUGCAACGUGACUCGACGGCACGUCAUGCGCCGGUGGGCGCGGCUACGGCCGAUAAGCCUAGCCCGUACGAAACUGGCCAAGAAUUCGGGACGCUUGUCGGUCCGGCAUCAAGACGAAAUCUGAUUGGUCGAGAAUCUGGACCAACAGCCAAUCAUGACCCAGUAUUGCCCAAAUGCCGGUUGCGCAUCGAGAACGCGUCAGACAUUCCAGAAAGUUAUAACCGCCUACGCUAUAUAUACGAAGCGCUGUAG